ACCGGCGGCAACGGAGUAUCGUUUUCGUUUGUAGCAGCAAUAACAUUCCCAAGAACUUUAAUCCCCAUGAGUGCUGGUGGUGCAUUUGGCGGAAAUAGAGGAGUAAGACCUGUACCACCUGAAAAAGGAGUUUUCCCUUUAGACCACAUGCAUUUAUGUGAUCAGGAGAAGAAAGAAUAUAUCAGUUGCCUUAAAUCUUCUGGGCAUAAAUCUGAAAAAUGCCGUCACCUCUCAAAGAUGUAUUUGCAAUGUCGUAUGGAAAAGAACUUGAUGGCGAAGCAAGACAUGUCAGAACUCGGAUUCAGAAAGGAGAGUGAUGUGGAAGCCUUACGAGAUGGAAGUAGAAAUGGUAGCUUAGAUGACUGAGGAACUUCAUUGCUGGGCUCUAACGGGACAAUUGCUCACCGAAGAUAGAAUUUCCUGACUUUGUUGUAUCAUUACAGUACUGCUUUGCUGUAUUAUUACAGUACUGCUUUGCUGUAAAAUUGUGCAUAUCGUGCCCAUAAGGUUUCUGGUCCUUUGACAUGUUAGUAAUUUGUCGGAAGAUUUAAGGUGAAACUGUUGAGUUUUUUAAUCUAUUCAUGUUUUGUUGCAUUUA